AUGGCUGUCCGAGCUCAACAUGACAGACUGCAGUCCUCCACCCGCCUCGACAUCGUAACCACCAUGCUUGGCCCACGAAGGAGUGCUGGCGAUGUGUCGAAGCAGAAUGCCAGGAUGUUUGGUCUGCGGCACGAUAGUCUGCUUUCGAGCGUGGACGAUCGGCAUAGUCGACGCUUAGCAGAACAAGCUCCUGUGCGCCACGAUAUAACUCCGAGGACUAGCAGAAAACCAGUUGCACCAUCUGGCCGUUAUGGAGUUUCAGCGCGAGAGAAAGAGCUGCCCCCAAUGCCUUCCGCCGCGGUCGAGCAGCAGCAAAAUGCAAGCACGCCGCCCACAACAAAGGCAUGCUCGCCACGUUCCAGCCCUCCCUCGAAGCUCACACUGCACAGCUCGAAUGGCUUCACAGCACUUCCAAGCCCAGAUUUGAAACAGCGAAUAUGUGACACUCGUGCAAACAGUACCGCCACGCUUAUACAGGUACCACUCGAUAGCCGGGAGCCGAUUUCACCGACACCCACCACUCCUUGGACCAUGGGCAACAAACCAUCGAGCAUCGGCGGCGGCAGUCCGACACCUGACGACGAGUCCAAUCACAGUGUUAUCCGUACUCACACCAGGCGUGGCUCCAAACAGCAUGUGUCGCGGAAGGGCUCGUUCGGAAACGUCUUCAAGCGCAUCGACAGCAAGAGCCCACUGCCCCGCGAUGUCACGAACAGUGUCAUGUCCAUCUUGCAUCCGAGCGGCACCCACAAGAAGACCGACAGCUGCGCGUUAGAAGACGAUGCCGCCGACGAGAGCGCGCCUGCCAACCCGUUCCUGGACCAGCCGGAACACCACGAUACCCGGUACCCUGACAGCUCGAAGGUGAACUCGACGUCGACCACGACCAUGACGGAGAGCAAAGCAGAGUUACCCCUGAGUGCUGGGACCACGAUCCGCCACCAUAGGUCUGAAGAUCGAUUACACUCAAGCAGGUCUCAACUCGAUGGAGCGGACGACACCAAGGACCUGCCACCUCUUCCACCUUCGGAGGAUGAAGUGCUAUCGCCAACACUGCCUGCACCUUCACCUUUGCCGGAAGACAGCCCGCACAAGUAUGGCCUGAGAGAUAAGAUUGACACGCCAGAACCACCGAAAGAGGCUGUUCAGGAACUCUCCGUCGCGAAGAUGCGACGGAAAAGCAGUGGUCUGGAAAUCUUCAACGAGGCAAAAAGCUUGCAGUCUGCACAGUCGUUCCUCAACGGUCUCAGCACAGCUCGAAGACGAGCCGAGUCUCAGAUUGAAAUGAGGACCACCGAUAUGACCGACUCGGCAUAUACCACCACCACAAGUGGCACAACAAGACCGGCCUCGUCACAUCCAUCCUCGUCACACGCGCGAUCAAAGUACAAGGACAGCGAUGGUCGUCGGGAAGGGAAGCAAAUCAAGUCAUCAGGCUUUGCGUAUUGUCGCCCACUGACCCUCGCCCAAACCAAAUGUUGGCGUGGGCACAACAAGCUGCUACCAAGUCGGAACAAACACGCUCCUGUCGAAUGUGCAGUAUGUCACAUUGACCACGAUGGAGAUCACUUCAGCUGCUCCUGGUGUGCGAUUAGGAUGUGCAUAUACUGUCGCAAGGACUUUGCUGCUCGUGGCAUGGUGGCGCUGAAGGAGCGUAUACGCAAGGCUGAGCUUGGUGAUGCCGAGGACUCCGCGACAAGCUCGAGUGAAAGCCUGCCGGUGCUGAUGGUCACUCCCAGCACAAGCUUCGAAUAG